AUGGAUUCUUACUUCAUUGGCAAAAUGUAGAUUACAGACUUUGAGUAUUAUAGUUAAUGCUCCCUGUCUUAUCAAAACAUAAUGAAUCAACUCCAGAAGAUAUCAUUUAAUCUAUUAAAGUAGUUAACACAACUGGAACAUUAUAUUAAAGUUGAGAUUAUCCAAGAGUUAGUUAUAGUCCUGAUUUUAAUUAAAAUGUUUUGGAAUCUUGGGGUACUAACUAGUAUCAUUGCUCAAGCAGUUAUCGAAAUUAAAGUAUAAUCUAAAGUAAUUUAUUAAUGUUAAAUUAAGUUUGUAAAUAUGAAUCAUUAUUUUUCAUAAUUUUGCUUUAAGUACUGA